GGAGUAAUAUGAAAAAUAAAACUUUGCAUGGCGCUGAUCUAAAACGUGUAGAAAGUGCAUCAAGGAAAACAAAAGCAGAAGUAGAAAGGGGACAUUCAGAAACUGGAAAUUCGCAUGUCCCCUACAUAAGACACAUGCACAAAGGAAGGGUUUCAGAGCCUGGAGACAAGGUGUGUAGGCCCCGGGCUCAGCCAGGCCAGCAGCAUCUGACAGCCACCAAUGGCCCUGCCCUUCUCCUUCCUGAUGGCCCUGCUGGUGCUCAGCUGCCACUCCAACCGCUCUCUGGGCUGUGACCUGCCUCAGAACCACAGCCUGCUUAACAGGAGGGCCUUGAUGCUCCUGGCACAAAUGAGGAGAAUGUCCCCUUUCUCCUGCCUGAAGGACAGACGUGACUUUGGAUUCCCCCGGGAGGCGUUUGGUGGCAACCAGUUGCAGAAGGCUCAAGCCAUCUCUAUCAUCCGGGAGAUGACCCAGCACACCUUGGACCUCUUUAGAAUAGAGGGCUCCUUCGCUGCUUGGGACAAGACCCUCCUAGACAAAUUCUGCGCUGGGCUUUAUCAGCAGCUGAAUGACCUGGAAGCCUGUCUGACGCAGGAGGUGGGUGUGGAAGGGACGCCCCUGGUGAAUGAGGACUCCGUUCUGGCCGUGAGGAGAUACUUCCAGAGAAUCACCCUCUAUCUGCAAGAGAAGAAAUACAGCCCUUGUGCCUGGGAGAUUGUCAGAACAGAAAUCAUGAGAUCCUUCUCUUACCAAUGAACUCGUGGGGAAGAUGAA